GCAUGCUUACUGCUGAUGAAAAGUGAUGACCUUUUUUUUAGGUAAAAUUCCAAGCUAUUUAGCGCCUGCUCUGGCCCUGCUCAAUGGAUUUGAGCCCUUCCCUUCCCAAAAUCCUGGCUAUGCCACUGGCAGUGGUAAUAGGCCUUGGAGAAUGCUGUUGCUGAAGGCAUCCUAUGCCUUGCACGGCAUAAGCUUGUAGCGUUCACAAGCCAAUUGCGAUCUUGAACAAAAACCGUGGCAUACUUAUAAGCUAUGAAUGAUUAUUAUGCAAUAGCUUGUGCACCGUUAUUCAACCGCUUUCACUAUUAGUUUGUCAAAUAAAAAAUACGUAUUAUAACAGCCAGGGGCACUAUAUCAGUGUAAUUGUUACUUCAUAUUCUUCAGAGUGUGUUCCUCCGUCUCUCCCGGCCCACCCCUCACUGACGAGGGAUGACGCUGUACAGAGGGCUCAAUGUUACGCUGGAUGUGCAGAAAAUCCUAAUGCUCCAAAAACCAGAGGAAGCAGAUUUUCUCUGGCCUUCAUGCAGAAUCACGCACGAACUGCAGCAACCACCCAACAGCAAAUCAGUCUUUUUAUCACCACUGAACAGGAGAACUCAACUUUCACACUAGAGACGCGAUGGCCGGGAGUGAAUGGAUUAGGAUUCACUGAGACCUCUCCUGGAUCUGGGCUAUGGUCCCGCACGGAAAUCGCUCGACGUGGAGAAUACACUUUCAUUAAUCUGCCAGCAGGAAGGAAUGGCCAACAAAACAUAGCCGUGCAAGGCAAUGGAGAUAAUGAUGAAGCUGACAGACAAAAAGGACUGUUUGUAACAGCAGAAAAUGCAAACGAUGAGCUCACUAUAUAUGUGUUUAGUGAUGAAUUGGUAUCCACUGAUGCGUACAUGGCUAUUAACUGUGUCGAGUUUCCAGGUGCUAGAAAUUACAAGUACUUUAUCUUUUCAUCUGGUGUAUUCGGUGGAGAGCAAUUUGAGAGUCGAUUUCUCUUUACUCCUUGUCAAGAUGACACUACUGUCAGUGUACAAGCCUCCCAAAUCCAAACCCAUCCCGCUUGGGUGCUACCGAAUUCUGGCAACCUAAAUGCUCGAGUCGAAGCAACUUAUGGGAGGGCUUUCAAUCGUUUUGACACUGUGAUGAUUAGCAAUCUUGACGAUCUUACCGGCUCUAUCAUCACUUCUGACAAGCCAUUGGCUGUAUUUUCUGGGCAUCAAUGUGGAACUCCUACUGAUGAUGGAACUUGCGACUAUCUUGUAGAACAAUUGCCACCUCAUCCAACAUACGGUGACCUGUUUUUUGUGGCUCCCUUUGCUGUCAGACAAAGCGGUGAACUGUACAGAAUUGGCUCAGUUUCUGCUGGAGCACAAGUAACAAUCAAUUGUGAGUGUGCAGCAAGUUCAGCUGAUGGGAAUAAUCGAGUUGGACUUGUUAGCGCUGGAGAUGGUGUUUACUCGGCCACAGUGGGUGCAGGACAAUACGCUGAGUGCCUAACACCUCAGAAUGCUCAGACCUAUUGUUGUGUUACGUCCUCUCAACCCGUUACUAUGGCUGCUUACACACUCGGAAACUUGAUUGACAACCUUCAAAACAUACAGGAUCCACCACUUCCUUUUAAUCCGAUUGGAGAUCCAGCCCUCGUUUAUAUACCACCAGCCAGCUCCUAUUUGAAUAGUUAUAGUCUCAGUGCAGCCCCAAGUUUGGCUACUCAGUUACAGGGAUUUCUAAGCUACAUCUUGCCCACUCGCAUCUUCGAUAAUUCCCCACAAGAUCGGCAGAGGUUUCGUGUAAAUGGAGAAACAUACAUUCCCGACCAAUACGAAGCCAUCAACUGUCAAGUGAAUGGUUCAAAUGAGGUGUGUGCUUAUGGAGCUACCAGAUUUUUGGGCGUAGGAAAUGUUGAUAUUUCUUAUGACAACAUUAAAGGUGGAGCAUUCUGGGGAUUUGCAUAUGGCUACGCUCGAGAAGUUUCAUUUGCUUAUCCUUUGGCUUUUGAAAUGGAGCCAGUUGGACUGGCCUGGAUUCGAGGAGUGGAUCAAGUUGUACUGGAAACUGUUGGAACGGUCGAUCUCAUGUUUAGUAUCACCCGUGGUGAUCAGUCAGAGCGUAGUAGAGCAUUUGCUGACACUCAAGACCUCUCAGCCAUAGCAGGUUCUGAUUAUAAUGAUCCUCAGCCACAAAAUAAUGGUGGGCCCACUGAAAUUGGCAACCUGCGAUGGAGAGCUGGUGACACGUUACCUCGUGUUCCAUACGUAGUCACUAUUUUGGAUGAUGCCAUUUCAGAGCCAGUGGAAGUGGUGGAGGUGAUUGUGCAGUGUGUUGCAAUGGAGAACUGUUACCUGCCCAGAACUCGGUACACCAUAACCAUUAUUGAUGAUCAAGGUGCCUGUCUUGACCUACCUGCUUUCUCCAGUGGCUCCAUCUCAUACGACUUUGAGUUUUUCCCAGAGAUUAAUGGUCGACCAUACGAAACAGUUGCCACGUACGAGUGUGAUGUUGGAAUUUUAGUAGGAGAACUAACAAGGACUUGUAAGAAUGGAGUGUGGUCCGGAAUUGUACCAAUUUGCGGGGUCAUUCCAGUAAGGUUGCCCCAGAUCAUUCGAUUGACUACCAGGAACCUCAUUCCCCCCACAGAUGGCUUUGAGUACUCGUGUGUUGUGAAUGAAGUUAGUCUGUCAGCUCAGUAUGAGAGCGAGACCUCCAUCGUGUGUAUAGUGGGCAGCAGGAAUCUCACACUUUCUGCUGGGGUCGGUAGUUCCCCUGUGGUUGUCACAGUGAUUCGGUCGGAGAAUGGUGUCAACAACACACUCAGCAAUACAACUGCAGUGACGUUGUAUGAUUGCCGUAAUUUGGCCAGUGGAUGUUCAGAAUGUAUUGCGGCCAGAAUAGGGUCAGAGUUCGUAUGUGGGUGGUGUGGAGGUAGUUGUGAGGUGAUACAAGAGUGCUCCACUGAUAGUUUCUUUAUUGAGGGGGACAAGUGUCCUGCCCCUGUCAUCAACUCGUUCACUCCAAUGUACGGACCAGUUGAGGGUGGUACAGAAAUCACUGUGAACGGCACUGACCUCGGAGUGACCUUUGCCGACAUUCAGAACUCCACUCUUAUAUUAGGAGGUGUGACCUGCACUCCCGUAAAUACUGGCUACAUGCCAGGGCGCCAAUUUGUCUGUGAGACCACCAACUUAACAACUGAAGGCCCCAAAAACGUUUCUCUCACCAUUGGCUCUAGAGAUGCCAUCGUAAACGCAGGUUCCUUCACUGCUGUGGAUCCUACUGUGAACAGUGUGACUCCGACCUUUGGACCCAUGGCCGGGGGGACCACAGUGGCUGUGAGUGGGACUAGACUGGACGUGGGUAAUCAGCAGGACACUAGCGUUUCUUUAGACAUCAGUGGAUCAAGCUCUGUCUGUAAUAUAUUAUCUAUCCAGUCUCAUGAGAUUCGUUGCACUACCACAGCAUCAAGCUUCGCCUCUGAUGCAAUGGUGGUGGUGUCCAUUGAUGCUGCCAGAAUCAGAAAUCCUGGGCUAGUCUUCAGUUAUCUUAACAACCCCAAUGUGAUUAGUGUGUCUCCUAGCAACACGAUUUCCAGCGGAGGCAUCGCGCUGACCUUUACUGGACUAUUCUUUAAUGUGGUACAACAGCCUGUGUUGGAGGUCUACCAACCAAUGGGGGUUACUCUGAGGAGCAACUGCACUUUGGGAGAGGGUACCAUCUGCAGUGUUACUGUGAACAUUACCACCCUUACAUGCUACACUCCUGACCUGUCGGAGACCUCACCGACUGCAUUGAACUAUGCUCUAAUGUUUGAUGAUGUCCCACCCGCACUCUUCCUCAUCACCGUCCAAUCAGAUCCAUCCAACUUCAGUCUGAAUUCUUCUCAAGAUGUCAUCACUGGCAUGGCGGCCAUCAUACAUAUUGUGGGUGAUAAUCUCGACUCAGUGGAUACCAGUGAGAUACGUGUGACAGUGGGAGGGGAGGAGUGUGUCAAGACACCUAGUAGCUUGACAGGGAUCUUCUGUACUGCUCCCUCAGAGCCACCAGGAGGGGAAAACCCAGCUAUCAUAAAUGUGACCGUUGGGAGAAACAUCGCUGAAGUACUGGAUCAGCGAUUAAUGUACCGUGAACUUCCUAUGACUACUGAAGUUCCUGUGACUACUGCAGCUCCUGUGACUGCUGGAGUUCCUGUGACUACUGGACUUCCUCUGAAUAUCAUCAUCCCUUUUAGUGUCAUCAUCAUCAUUGGUGUACUGAUCGUGUGUGUACUGAUAUUAGUUGUCAUCUGCUUCUAUAUAAAGUCUCGAAGGAAGUCAGUGUCAAUUGCUACGCACCAACAAAACAUGGAGCUUGUGGCUACUGGGAUAACUCAAGAGGUAUUGGAUGGCAACACUGCACUCGUUAAAUCAGAACUCAAUGAAAUUGCUGAGUCCAUCCCAGACUCAUUCAAAAUACCAGCCUCAAAAUUGAAGCUCUCUAGUACUGCAAUAGGACAAGGUGAAUUUGGCAUUGUGUACAAGGGAGUCCUGACAGACUGGAACCAUGUACCUAUACAGGGAGUGGCCGUGAAGACAUUAAAAGGUCUGUUCUCAAUGUCAGAUGUUCAGAGCAUGGUGUGUGAGGUGAACAAGAUGCAGGACUUUGACCAUCCCCAUGUCAUGUCCCUGAUUGGGGUGUGUCUCGAUGCUGGCCCCGGCAUUGCCAUAGUGAUGCCAUAUAUGGCCAACGGGAGCCUCUUCGACUACCUCAAGAGAGAGAGGAAUAACCUUGAGCUGGAUGAUGACUGCGAGAUUGAUCAGAUUCUGGCAGUGAGAAAACUGCUUCUAAAGAUAUGCCAUCAGAUAGCACUGGGAAUGGCCUACUUGGCCGAGCAGAAGUUUGUCCAUCGAGACCUUGCAGCCAGAAACUGCAUGCUGGACUCGGGAGGGUGCAUCAGGGUGGGGGACUUUGGUCUGGCUGAGGACGUCUAUGCUACCGGCUACUUCAGACAGAACUAUCGAGUCAAUGUGAAGAUGCCCUACAAAUGGAUGGCCUUGGAAAGUCUUAACGAUGCCGUCUUCACGGAGAAGACUGAUGUGUGGUCGUGUGGUGUGACUGUGUGGGAGAUCUUCAAUGGAGGACGGACCCCCUACCCUGCCGUGGACCCGCUGUCUCUCAUUCAGCUGCUGGAGGAGGGGCGGAGACUAGACAGACCUCUCAACGCAGCAUGUGCCACCGAGAUUUCUGUGGUGAUGCGUAAGUGUUGGAGGGAGGACCCAGAGGAGAGGCCAACCUUCUUACAACUGUCCUCCAUUGUGGAGAGGCUACUGAUAGCCAUCGCUGGCUAUACUGAGCUCGGUAUGGUGCUGGUGGACACCAGUCAAGAGGAGGAGGAGUACAAAUAUGACUACGUACCCCCGCCCACUGAAGUCCCUCAUGGCUAUGACGAUAUUCCGUCAGGUGACCCUCUAACAACUGAGAACAGUGCCUAUGGCCUCGGGAACAAUCUAGAAGAGGAGCAACUCAACAAUGUGCCCACACUGACGCCCACUGAAUCCCCUCAUCACUAUGGCGACCUUCUGUCAGUAGACCCUCUAACAACUGAGAACAGUGCGUAUGGCCUCGGCGACAAUCUCAACAACGUGCCCACGCUGACGCCCACUCAUCACUAUGGCGACCUUUCGUCAGUAGACCCUCUAACAACUGAGAACAGUGCAUACGGCCUCGGGGAAGAAAUUACUACAACAAACAAUUAAAUUGAUACUUUUACUAUGACAUAGUGGUAAAGGUCGAAUGGUUGUCCUAUACUUAUCCUACCUAUUAAUUUAAUUUGCCAAAUUGUUAUUUUUUUAUGAUGUAAACGAUCAUGUUACGCAUGAA